AUGAUUCAAUGCGCUUCGAUGAAUCAUGCUUUGAAAAACUUUGGUCCAUUCAAUAAAUGGAUGGAUUAUUUUGAUGUUGAUGAAUAUUUUCAGUUAAACAAUACAAAUGAACAACUUAUUUUAUCAGGAAAAACAUCAUUCGUUCAAUUACUUGAUCAAUCAUUUCCAGAGACAAAAUUUCCUGAAAGAGUACAGUUUUAUAAUUGUCCAAUAUCAUGUUUUCUAUCAGAAAACGAAAUACUUUCAAGUCGUCAUUUGAACAUUUUUCAAAAAUGCAAGUCAAUUGCAGAACCUCGAGACUGUUCCGAACGAACAAAAUUAUUUAUUCGACCUAGAAAUGUUCCUUUCAUGCAAAAUAUUCAUUCUCUUGAACGUGGAAUCAUAUUUUUGGCUAAUAAUGGACUCUCGAACUUUGGCCAAUUUCGGCAUUAUCAUUAUGGAAUCAUAGUUGUUCGAAUAAAUUCUGACACAUGUAAUGGAAAGUCUCAAUAUGAUCAAUGUUCGACAAAUAGUGCAUGUGGAUGUCUUUACAGAGCAGACUCUGAUGAUAUGGCUAUUUGUGGUUUUCUCUGGGUGACUUGUUCUGAACUUGUUUCCUGUGAAUCUUUAAACAAUACUUGUUACGAGCCUAAUCAUAUAUGUAUUCGUCAUCCACGAUGUCAUAGUCUUCCAGUUUGCUAUCCAUUAUCAAUGAGUGAUCAUCAAAUGUGUCCACAAAUUACAAAGGAAACUACAACAGUAACAACGUCAAUACGAACAACAACAACAACACCUAUUCCACAAGAUUGUUCUGAUUCAAAUCUAAUUACGUUUGAUACUAUAACAAGUGAACCUGUAGAUGAAAUACCUUCUGAUUACAUUGGUUUACAAUGGAAAAAUUUUUAUAUAAUGAAUUUAACUGCUUUUCCAUCUUAUUAUACAAGUGGUUUCUAUACGGCACUUCAAAGUGGAUAUAUUGCAUACAAUAAAAAAGGAUCAACAAUGACAAUUAGUAGUAGUCCACCAUAUAAGUUUAAUUUAUAUUCAUUUAUUGCUACUUCUGCUAUUCAAAAUCAGUUAAGAUUAACUAUGAUUGGAGAACGUUCAUCAAAAGUAUGGUAUUCUGCAACAUAUCCAUUAUACACACAUUGGCCACAAUUAAUUGAAUUAAACUAUUUGAAUAUUGAUAAGAUUACCUUUUCAACUACUGGUUCAUCUGAGUUUGCAAUGGAAAAUUUGUGUAUCUCGAUUUCAUCAUUAACAACGACUGUCGAACCUACAACAACAUGA